UGAUGUCUUGAGAAAUAAUUACCAGUAAAGGGUUGUUAAUAUACUUGAUAAUUACCUAAGGGACAUUUUUAAAUAGCUGUGUAUAGGUAAUAAUUUAUUAUCUAAUAAGCUAGAUAUAUCAAGGAACUCCUUUGAUUCUUGCGGUAUUUGGGAGAGAGAAUAUUCAAUCAUGGGGACCUUUUAUGGGGCAUACCAACCAAAUCCGUCGACACGGUAUUUCGCAAAAAUGUGUCAUAUAAUCUUUAUUUGGGGAAUGCCUAAUUUUUGGAUAGAAGAUUUGAGUCUAUCUAGAGUGUUUACGACUGUAUACUCAUAUUUCUCAAGAUCAGUAAGCGUGGUGCUUUAUUCCUUCGUUAUUUUAGAAUGGGCGGCGUUUUUCACUCAACCCUCGUUAUCAGAGAAACAAAGUUCAGACAGGCUUCUGUUCACAUUUUCCCAUCCUCUGCUUUUUAGCUACACCAUUGUUAUGACCCACAAUCAAGAGAAAAUUAGAGACUUGCUAUUCAGACUCACUGUGAGUCUGAAGAAUGACUAUAAUGAUGACGAAAUCGAAAAUCAUAUGAUUAAAAAAGCAAAACUGUAUUGUAUCGGAUGCUUGGGAAUGUGCUCUAUGGCUAUGAUUAUGUAUGGGUUUGAUGGAGCCAUGCAGUAUAUGAAAACAGGUGCAUCUUUUACUACAGUAAUCACCGCUUGGCCCGAUGUGAACGAUCUUCGACCAAUACCGCACAUGUUUAGAAUAGCAACAUUUAUUGUAUGGUGGAUAUUUAUGAUUCGAGUAUUCAGUGCAUUUUUACUUGUAAUAUCACUAAACGUUUGCUUAAGCCAUCAAUACAUUAACUUAUGCAGUUAUUUUUCUACGCUCAACGCGAUAUUUGAGGAUUUCAAGUUAACACAGAAUGAAAUGGACGAUAAAUAUGAGGAAGGUUUUAAAAUAGGAAUAAAACAACACGCGGAAACGAUAUGGUGCACUCGUCGAAACCAAGAGGUAUGCAGCGCUAUAUUCGUUGGUCAAAUACUGGUCAACGUUCAAGUCCUAGUUCUCCUCUUGUCUCAGAUGGUGGAUUCCGAGAAAACUCUGGGCACGCUGCUGUCGGCUGCGACCACUGCAGUUUCCUUGUUGGUCUCUACUGGAUUCUUCAUGUGGAACGCUGGUGACGUCACCGUUGAGGCAUCGAAGCUGGCGACGGCCAUAUACUGCUCCGGUUGGGAGAACUGUUCGCGAAGGUGUGCAGUUCGAGUCCGGAAACUAUUAGUGCUUGCAAUGAUGCAGGCUCAGAAACCAGUCAUAAUUCGCGGCCUCGGUGUAAUAGAAAUCUCAUAUCAGUCAUAUUUAUCGAUCGUCAAAUCGUCAUACUCCGUGUUUUCGGUCCUGUACUGAGAAUGACAUAAAUAUUAUUCCGAAGGAUAAUUCAAAAUAAAAUAAAAAAUAAACGACGUAGAAUGAGACGUAGUAAAUGGAUUCUCAAUUUACUUA